AUGCCCGAUAUCGCCCAGCUCUCACUCGAUUACGACCCUGACAUCGUCACCAUCAUCUGCUGCAACGACGGUUUCCAACACGCCCUCGAUUUGAACACCAUUAAAACCCUGCUGCGAGUGUGCAGCAGAGUCCGACCCCUCCUGAGCUCCAAGGUAUCUCGCUUCCACGGCUGGUGCCAGAAUGCAGGACUGUACAAUCCAGACGGACAACUGAGGAUCGGCCUCACACCAAGCGACCAGAUUGCCAUCUCGCUUCAUUGUGAUGAUCAAGACACAGCCAACAGAUCCUGGCUCGCUGCUCAGGCAGACCGGGGAAACGCUGCUGCAUCGUACUUCCUGGCACGGAUCCUCCAAGUCGAUCUCGACAAGCAGCAGUCUGCGGAUGAAUCUGACCGGGUGACCACCCAUAAUCAAACCUUUCGCCAUCUGCAAAGGGCUGCCAACGCAAACCACACGAUCGCACAGUUCCACCUGGCUAGAUGCUAUCACGAUGGCACUGGAGUCGAUCGAAACCAUACCAAGGCCGUCGAACUGUAUCGCACUCUUGCAGAUCGGGGAAUCCCUCAGACUCAAAUCUCUCUCGGUCGCUGUUACGAGAAUGGCGAAGGAGUCGAUCAAGAUUACGAUGCCGCCAUCGAGUGGUAUUCCAAGGCUGCAGACCAGGGUAACUGGCUAUGUAGACACUUGAUGGCCGUGUGUGUGUUCCUUGAAUUCGGAUACAUCAAGGACAAGAAGGAGGCAGCCGGCAUCUUUGAGCAGCUCGCCAACGAGGGCCACAGUGACAGCCAGCUAUGGAUCGGAGUGUGCUACUGCUAUGGCCAAGGAGUAUCGAAGGACAAGGAGAAGGCAUUCGAGUGGCUCAGCAAAUCCGCCGAUCAAGACAAUUCGUACGGGCAGUGGAUGGUCGGCAUGUGCUACUGCUGGGGAUACGGCGUCGACAAGGACCACUCCAAGGAAGUCGAGUGGUAUCGCAAAUCGGCCGAGCAAGGGAAUCGAUACGGGCAAAACGCUCUCGGCUACUGUUACCACGGUGGCAGAGGUGUCCCCGAGGACAUCGACACCGCCGUCUUCUGGUAUCGCAAGUCCGCCGACCAGGGUUACGAAGGUGCCAUCGACAAACUCAAGGAACUCGGCAAGUGGCCUUGA